AAGCUUUUCCAAAAUUAAGCCGCACCAUGCAACCUCUCGAUUUGCAAAACGAAACAGCCCAUUCCUUUGUCGUGUUUGGCGCUUCGGGCAAAUUGGCAAAGAGGAAAAUCUUUCCAGCACUGUGGGCGCUCUAUCGAGAUAAUCGCUUGCCACAGUUCACGCAAAUAUACACCUUCAGCCGCACUAUGAUGCACACCUCCGAGUUCCGCAUCUGGUGUGUGCCUUACAUGCAUCUGGACAGGGACCGCGAUCCGAAGAAGUACAACAGUUUUUGGACGAACGUGCACUGCGUGCAAGGACAGUACGACCAAACACAGGACUACAUAACGCUGAAUGAGACCAUGAGUGCUUAUGAAACCAAACACAAUAUGACAUUGGCCAAUCGGGUGUUCUAUUUGGCCCUGCCUCCCAUAGUGUUUGAUGCGGUCACACUGAACAUCAGUCGAAAGUGCGUCUCCAACACGGGAUGGAAUCGCAUUGUUGUGGAGAAACCAUUUGCCAGGAACGACAUUACCUUCAAGCCCUACCAGACACAGCUCUGCCAGUGCUUCAAGGAGUCUCAAAUCUACAUGAUCGAUCACUACCUUGGCAAGCAGAUGGUUCAGGAUAUGAUGGCUCUGCGAUUUUCGAAUUGUUUGUGGGGAGAUACGUGGGACAAUCGCCAUAUAGCCGCAAUUAUGAUCAGCGUCAAGUGCGACAAGCCAGUUGUGGCACGUCCCGACUACUUUGACAGCUACGGCAUCAUACGAGACGUUAUGACGAACCACAUGAUGCAGUUGCUCGCCCUGAUAGCCAUGGAGCCGCCGUACACCGGCGACGUGGAAGGUGUGCGUGAGGAGAAGCUGAAAGUGCUUAAGGACGUAGUCUCGCCGGAUUUGAGCGACGUGAUUGUGGGGCAAUAUGUUAAUAAUGGGCGGGAGAGCGAUCUGUUUAAGGUGGGCUACUUAGAGCAUCACUAUAUACCCAAAAAUUCCAUUACGCCCACCUAUGCGAUGGUGGUGCUGCGCAUCAAUAAUAAGCGCUGGUCGGGAGUGCCCUUCAUUUUGCGGGCAGGCAAGGCGCUCAACGAAAGCAAGGUAGAGGUGAGGGUGCAGUACAAGGCGAUGGAGUGUGAGAUCUUGGAGGGCAUGGAAACUAAGCGCAAUGAACUCGUUAUGUGUCUGGCACCCAAGGAGCAUGUUUUUAUGCGUGUUAUGCUCAAAAAGCCGGGGGAAAAACUGUGCCUGCAGGAGUCCAACUUGAACUUAACAUUGAGGGAUCCGCGUAUUUGUGUGCCCCAAAAUUUCCACAGUCUGCUAUUGGACGUGCUCGAAGGGUCACAAAUGCUGUUCAUGCGUUCAGACGAGCAGUGCGAGAUCUGGCGUAUCUUCUCGCCUCUUCUAAGUGCACUGGAAGCGGACCGUAUUAAGCCCAUUCCGUAUGCCCUUGGAUCCUGGGGUCCAAUGGCAGCUUAUCGAAAGGCGGUGAAGCACGGCUUCCUGUUCUACCACUCAGCCGAAGCCCACGAAGGCCGUCAGUCACUAACCCCCCAGUUGUAGGUAAAGUUGUCGUGCAUUUAUAAAUGGGUUUAUGGCGGACUAAUAAACAAAACAACAUAAGUUUUUUAAUUAA